CUCAAACCCCCCCCCUCCCCGGUCGCAAAGGGACUUGGAGUUGGCGGGAGCCUAUAAAAGUCCAUCACAGAAAGAGCCGGGGACAGGCUUGCUGUAAGCAGUGCAGAGGUGCAACCCAAGAGCUAAUUCCUAAACCCUGAGGCAGCUUGCAAGACCAUGUCCCAACAGCAUAUGGGAUAUGAGCCAGACUUGAACGGGCCAGAAUUCUGGUAUAAGGCUUUUCCUAUUGCCCGUGGAUCACGACAGUCUCCUGUGGAAAUUACGUUCAGUCAGUCGGAGUAUGACAGUUCUCUGAAACCUCUGAAAUUAUCCUAUGACCCUGGUGCAGCUAAGAGGAUCGUCAACAAUGGUCACUCUUUCAACGUUGAGUUUGAUGAUUCCACUGAUAGAUCAGUGCUAAGUGGAGGACCCUUGACUGAGAACUACAGGUUGAUCCAAUUUCAUUUUCAUUGGGGCUGCAGUGGGAGCCAGGGCUCUGAGCACAUUGUGGAUGGAAAGCAAUAUGCAGCUGAGCUUCACUUGGUUCAUUGGAAUACAAAAUAUGAGAGUUUCAAGGUUGCUGUGACCAAGGAUGAUGGACUGGCUGUUAUUGGGAUCCUUUUAGAGGUGGGAAGUGCUAACUCAGGACUUGAGAAAGUCGUCAAUGUUCUCAGUAAAAUUGAAACAAAGGGUAAAGAUGCAGUCUUCACUGACUUUGACCCAAUAUGUCUUCUACCUGAAAGCAUGGAAUUUUAUACUUACAAUGGCUCACUGACCACCCCUCCUCUCUUGGAAUGUGUGACCUGGAUUGUCUUACAAAAGCCCAUUUCUGUGAGCAAUGAACAGAUGGAGAAAUUCUACAGCCUUUAUUUCACUUCUGCGGGUGAAAGUCCUGCGAAACACAUGGUGUCCAAUUGGCGGCCUGUUCAGCCCCUCUGUGGCAGGACUAUUAGAAGAUCUUUUGAAUGAUGAUUUUUAAAGAAAAAUGAGCCUCUAGCUAAGCACAAACCAGUCCGUACACUGGCAGCAUCUCUACUAGUCUCAGUCCUUUUGUAUUUGUACCUGAUAUUCUUCCUCAUAAAAUGUAAAAAGGUUAUAGACCAAGUUAAAAUGUUCUUAAUCUGUGAACCCAAUAACCUACAAGUGCAGACCCACGUGCAGUGCUUGGCAAGGUGACAUUGACCUGGUGCUUUGGUGAUAGCAAUGCUUUUUCUGUGACAAGGAACCAAUGAUAAGGAAUAGUAGAAUCGCUCCUUCCUCCCCGUGUGAUAGGGCACACAAGUGCCCAGAGCUGUAAACCCUAAAGCUGUUUUUAAAAUAUAGCAAAGCAGAAGAGUUGAAGACAAACCUCCAAUAACUGAUUAAACUGCAUCAAUAUAAACUGUAAGAAGGCAGAGCUAAUAAUAGUGAUUCCAAGAAAAGUUGCAUUGAAGAUACUGAAAUAUAAUUUUUAAAAAUUCUUAUGUUUGUAGCCAUGUGAUCUUUAAACAGGGAUGAUGUUUUUGUGAAUUUUGAAUUAAGUAUUAUCUAUAAAACAUUUUAAUUAUAGUUAUAAUACAGAUUAUAUUUCCAUUCAGAGAAUAUAUACCAUAACUUAAAGAAAAAAUAUUGUAUUUUAGAUAUAUGUUGGCUAAUAAAAUAAAUAAUUAUA